GCUUUAGGGUGGCUGGGUGGGGUGGGAGCUGCUGCCUCUGCAGACUUGGUUUCGAAGGCUGAAAUGUGGGCUGAAUCUGCCCGUGACCACCUUCAGUCCAGGGAAUGAGAAGGGGCCCCUGGUUCAUUGAGCGCUUGCUGGAUUCCUUGUGUGUGUUCACCUGGAUUUUUGCCUGCACGUUUGUGAUUUACGGCUUAUCCUGCCUCCCCUGUGCGUGUCUGUGUGUGAGUCACAAAGUUGGGAAGUCACGUCUCUCUGAAGGAGGCGUGCAGCAUGUCGGAGGGGUUUGAUUGUGUGAGCUGCAAGGAGACCUUGUACGGGCGCAAGUACAUCCAGGUGGACGAAGGACCGUUCUGCAUCCCUUGCUAUGAUUCCCGCUUUGCCAACACCUGUGAUGAGUGCAAGGAACUGAUUGGGCAUGACUGCAGGGAGCUCUACUACGAAGACCGCCAUUACCACGAGGGCUGCUUCCGUUGCUUCCGCUGUGACCGCUCGUUGGCCGAUGAGCCCUUCACUUGCCAGGGGGAGGAGCUUCUCUGCAACGACUGCUACUGCCGGGAGUUCUCUUCCCAGUGCAUCGCCUGCCAGCAGAUUGUCAUGCCAGGCUCCCGGAAGUUAGAGUACAAUGGGAAGACGUGGCACGAGCAUUGCUUCCUCUGCAGCAGCUGCCAGCAGCCCAUCGGGGCACACUCCUUUAUCCCCGACCAGCAGGAUCACUUCUGUGUCCCUUGCUAUGAGAGCAAGUUUGCUCCUCGCUGUACACACUGCAAAAAGUCGUUGACCAAGGGAGGAGUGACCUACCGGGACGAGCCGUGGCACAAGGAAUGCUUUGUGUGCACCAGCUGCAGGGUGCCCCUGGCCGGGCAACACUUCACCUCCCAGGACGACCAGCCGUACUGCGUGAAAUGCUUUGGGAACCUCUAUGCCAAGAAGUGCAGUGCGUGCACCAAGCCCAUCACAGGGUUCGGAGGGGGCAAGUACGUGUCCUUUGAGGAUCGGCACUGGCACCACAACUGCUUCAGCUGUUCCCGCUGUGCCACCUCACUGGUGGGGAAGGGCUUCAUCCCCGAGAACGACGAGAUCCUGUGCCGCGACUGUGCCAGCAGUGACCUCUGAAGCGCCGCCAGGCACCUGUCCUUCAGGCUUUGUGUGUGCCCAAGUCCCUUCCUGGAGCAGCCGGCAGGAGGGGGUGGGCAGAUGCCCUCCCCAGGAAGUUGUUGGUCCCUACUUGCUCUGGCCUGCUUGGCCAGCCCCUGGCUUGCUCGUGCAGGCUGUUCCCAUGAGAUCGCACUCCCUCCCCAUCUCACCCCCAUCCUGACGCUGGCAAGGCAUUUUGCAGGUCUAGGAAGGUCUGAUUAGUGGUCCCAGCUGGAGGGGGCGGGGGGGGGGGGGGGAAUGUCUGAGAUUGGGGGCAGGGGGCGGCUAUGGGCCAGGCAGGACUUGGCUCAGCUCUCAGAGAAGACUUCUGGAAUCAAAAGCUGCUCCAGCUUUUUGAAGUUUUGGCACAAUGGUCCCCGGCUGCUGAUGCAGACAGCUUCUUUUCCCACAGCGAGAGCCAAACUUAGCAUGCUUGGUUUGGCAGGGAGGGAGGUGAUGAAAAGGAGAUCCUCUCCAGCACUUCCCAGGAUACGCUUCUUCUCUUCCACCCUUCUCAAUAAGCAAGGCCAGGAGCUUGAGGAUACCUAAAAGGUUGGGCCCUUUUGUCUGGGUCCCCAGCACCUCUGCAUUGAAGGGGAGUGCAAAGGGAAAGAGGAGCAGACAGAGAGAUCUCUCAGGUUCCAAAUCCCAGCCUUCAAACCCAGAGGAGCGGGGACCUUGGCUCAGCCAUAACUGGGGAGCCCACCCUUGGCUGCACCUCUUGGCCUGACCAGAGCUUCUGGGGUACCUGCUCUGGCUUGGGGUUGCUUCCUUCUGUUGAGGUUUUCCCUUUCUUCCCUUUCUCUGGGUGCGGGAGACAACACAUCCCCUCCCACUCGCCAGAGAAAGGUUGAAGAUGUCCCCAAUCCUCAAAUCUUUGCUGGAGGGGUGGAAUUAAACCCCAGAUAAGUGUUUCAAGGGUGGGGUGUUUUUUUUGGGGGGGGGGAGGGGUUGUUUCCUAUAGCCCUAUUCGCUGCCAGUAAUUGUAUGUGCCUUUUCCCUCCCACUUCUGGCAUUGAAUAAUAAACCAUGUUAUUGGACUGUG